CGAAAUUGUUCUAUUGCUUCGGACUUCGCGACGGUUUGUUACGAUACAUCUAGUUCUUACAAAGUCUUCCGUCAGCAGCGUAACAACAUCAUAACAAAACCUGCAGUGAUAAUAUGUGACCCAAAUACGUAAAUUACAAUUUCACUGAACUUCAAUUAUGGAUAAGUCAAUUGAGCAUAGCGUCGAUGGCCAAACUAUUGAAUCGAAUAACCAGUUAUCACAUCAAGCGGAAAAAGAGACAACUGAAACAAAUCACCCGACAUCAGAUGAAAACAAUGUAGGCGUUACGGGCACCAUACAAACACAAACGAACGAAAAAUGCAAUGAAAACGAUACUAAUCAAUCGAAAAAUGAACGAAACGACAAUCCGGAUGGCAAAAACUGUGAUAUUCUCGUAGAACGGAAAGAUAAGGAUCAAACCAAUACGAAUGCCAUAAAAAAUCCAACCGAAGAAAUUUUGUCGACGAUAUCAACUGGUGACAUCGAUACGAAAACUGAAAAAAAGCCAUUUGGUUCGCUUAAUGAUAAAAUCACACCAAAUGGUACCAUAAAAACUGUGCAAACUAAUGGUGAUGAAACGAAAUCAAAUGGUCAAUCACCGUCGUCGAAAAGCAAUGGGAAAAAAGCCGUUUCAUUGGAUAAAAUAAAUGAAAAAGUCAAAAAGUUUAUUAGCGGUGAAAUUAUAGUUGAUAAAGAAAAUCCAUUUAAAAAAUUAAACGCAAAACGACGAGCCGACUUUUUCUCAUCGACUCCAACGAAUUUACAACAAAAUUCAAAAGUGACAUUUUCCAUCAAAGAAAUACCAAAGGAUGAAUACAUCACAAAAGAAGAUGUGCUAAAAGAAUCAAAAUAUGUUAAAACUUACAUCAAAAAUCCCGACGAGUAUUUUGUUUAUGAUCCAACGAUAAAGCAGCGCCUAUUACGAGAGGAUCAAGAAGAAUUUGCGACAAAAAAUCGUAAUCGCAUUUCACCGCCGAAAAAAGUCAAUGGAACACGUAACAUUAGCAAAACAACACAAGAACGACUACGCGAAUUGAAAAAUAGAUACAGUCCAUCAAAUUUGAAUUACAAUCAACCAAAAGUAAGAACAAUUCACAGCAAUGGCUAUGCAAAUGGAUGCGUAGCCUCAAAACUGCCAACAACACAAUAUCGAAAAGUUGAUCGCAGUAAAUACCCAGAUUUAUCACAGAUCAAAGUAAAAACGGGCACCGAUCUUGAAGGAACGUUUUUCAAUCCAAAAGAAGUGGCAUUGAAUGCGAAAAAGUUUGAUGCCCGCAUAAAAAGUAUUGCACAAUUCGGUUCGCAAGACGAUUUAGAUGAAAUAGCCGAUUUAACGAGUGAUUUUGAUGCAAGCGGUUUGGAUGAAAUUGAUACCACACCCGAAGAAAAGCCAAAAGAGAAAAUUGAAGAAUCGCUUACAAACACAGUGAAUAGUAGAGAAUUUCAAAAGUAUUUGGCCGAAAAAGGUCUUACGCUACAACCACCGCUACGAAUCAUUGAAACAAAACCGAAAAUGUCUACGCCAACGAUAGAAAGCGAAGUUGAUGCGAAAAAAGCAAGAAAACCAUCGGUGCUGCAGCGACUUUUUCCGAAUGGAUUCUUUUCAUCGCGGCGACGUACAACACCAAAAGACUCUACACCUGUCCCAAUCAAAAUUCAUGCAAAUGAACCGAAGAAAGAAGGUCGCCUUAGCAGCGCCCGACGUUUGGUAUUACAUCGACAAAGUAUGCCAGCCAAUUGUGAUGCUUAUCUUGCAAAGUCAAAUUUAAAAACGUCGAAUGCUUUGGGCGGCAGCUCAUCAUCGAUUUCAAGUACAUUAACCAAUGUGGAAAACAGUGAAUAUUUGGAAUCGUAUCGUGCAAAUUGCAAUAAAUCGCUGAAAUCAAAAUCAAAUGAUUCGGAAAGUGCACGAUCACUUUCCGGUUUGCGAUACAUUGAUAGUUCGUCAAAUAGUACGAUUGUUACCUGUGAUAAAAACAAAAAUACAGAUCAACAUGUGCAAAAUAUAGCGAAACCGAUUCCACGGCCACGUCAACAUAUUAAUGGAAGAUCAUCAGUGCCAUUGCCACAGCAAACGCCCAUUACAAGCAAAUCGAACAAAGAACCAUCGGCCACUUUGCAAAAAGUCAGAGUAUUAGAAAAUCGUGAUCGAGAUAGUUGUGUCAAAACACGUGUUCGAACGCCAAAAAUUCCGAUCAGUAAUUUACGACCGUUAGUAAAUCAACGAAACGAUGGAAAAUCAGAUCAAAUCGAUGAGAAAAGAGUCAAUGGCUUCGGUAGCGAUACAAUUAAAUGUGAACAACCGAAGCGUCGUAAUCCAUCAAAAUUGCCCGAGAGACUGAAUAAAGUGCCAGCAUGCGCUCAACCGAAUAAACGUAUUCUAUGUGAAACAUCGUUUGAAGUACAAACCAAUCGAAAUGAUGUUAAGACUCCAGACACGUUUUUAAACGUUUCGAAAGCACCAAAAACAUCAACACCGAUCACAGAUGGUGCACCGCCAAAAUUCCAUGCGGAAAUGAAAAAAGCCAACAAUAUACAACAUGAACAAACAUUAAAUUUGUCACCGAUUUCGAUGCAGACUGAUUCGGUACUGGAAAAACCAGCUCAACUGAAAAUGGAUGCGGUAACAUGGGCAAAAAUGCAAGAAUUAAAAGAGAAAACCGAUCGACAAUUAUAUUCGCAACCGUUGUUAAUUCAAGCGCAUAUGAAUGCACAGCCAAUAGCAUAUAGCCCAAGAAUAAUUGAACAACCACAGCAACCACCAAUCUAUGAUCGUUUGCCGGUUCAUAAUAAUAUGGUGGCCGUACAACCGUUGUAUGCCAAAGUGGAAAAAAAAUCAGCGGUGCCAAUAAGCACGCAAUUCAUUCGGAAUGCUCCGUAUCGACAAUCACUCGAUCAAAUCAAAUUGCAUGCCAUACAACAACAACAAUUGCAACAGCAGCAUCAGCAGCAGCAACAACAACAACAACAAACUAUGAAUCCGGCAAUGGUUUAUCAGCAACCUGUUUUCAUUCGAAAUUCUCCGCAACGAAAUACGAUCAGCGGCAUUUAUCGCGGUAGUACGAUGCAACGAAUCAGUCCACAAAUUCCGCAAACACCGAUAACAAUUGUUCAGGCGACGCAACAGCAGCCACAGCGACCACAAAGUGUUCUCGAUGAAAUGAUGACAGGGCGACGUGCACAAUCAACACCAUCGCCAAGUGUUCAAUUACGUCGUAAUCCAUUGAGUCGCGGCGAAAUAAUGAGUCAGGUAAUUGAAUUUUGCCGAAAGUCAAUGAGUAAAACGCCGACCAAACUCUUUGGCGCUGCAUCAACGGAACAAGUGGCUACUGUUAAAGAUGCAACGUCAUCAGAGGUAUCACCGAUUUCAUAUUCGUCUAUGACACCAUCAAAAACGAGUCCAAGUAUUGCUUCGAGUAGAAGCGGUAAAAUUGGACCUCAAGUGCCAAUUCGAAAGCAAAGCUUACUGCAACAGCACCAACAACAGCAGCAAAUCAAAUCGAACACAAAUCAGAUUGAUCAACACCAUCCAAUUUACGAACGAAUACCCAAACACUGUACACAAAUACCCGUACCGUUGGUGAACGAUGAAAAUAAGCCAAUGAACGGAAUGAUUGGUCAUUAUGCUGUGCCGCCAAAAAGAUACAUUAUGGUUGAUAAUGAACAUCUAACACCAACUCACGUUAAACAAUAUCAACAAAUAAACGGAUCACAUGCAUCGCUCAAUCAACCGGUGUACAUUCAAUCGAUUGCACAGAAAAACUGCAAUCGUAUUUUUAAUGAUGCGAAUGCAUACGAAUAUGUGAACGUUUGCAGUGACAGUAAUCCAUCACUCAGCAACAAUUUAUUGCAAAUUUAUCAUCCAAAUUUGACACAAAAACCAACAAAUCAAGCCAUGGAUCGCAGAUUCACACCAAUUAUUUUACCAACAAUUCCACAACAUCAGCAAAUAAAUGGACAUGCAAGCACGGUUGAAGUACACCUUCCACCCGGUUACACGAAAACAAAAGUCGUACCGAAACACGGCCGCAUCGUCAUGUUGAAUAACGUUGAGCAAAUGUAUCGGCCCAUUGCAAUGCCAGCAAAAACCAUUCGAUAUCAAACCAACCAAACUUCUCAAACUUCAUUGGACAGCAGACAAAGUAGACAAAGUGCCGAUACAAUAGAUUCGCUGCAAUCACCAAAACGAGAAAUUAUCGCACACAAAGAGGAUUGGCAAAAUGACAAAGGCAAAAAUCAACAGAGUGAUCAAGACGACAGACGACGUGGUGGCCGCAUACGACAAACAGAAGAUAAUCGACGGCAUACGCUGGGAAAUGAUAUGCUAGUUUACGCUCAGCAGAAUCAAAAUCUUCAGCAACGUGCAAUGGAUCUUGAGAUGGGAAUGCGGGCUCAAAAGAACAAAAAGCAGCAGCCUCCGCCAGUGCGUGGAUACGCACCAGUAAAUCAAGGUCCAUUAUUUGAUGAUGAUCCCGGUAUAAUGUCAGAAGUCGAAACUGCCAGCACUGGAUUUCGACGUGGAAAUAAAACCAGAUCGUCGUUGCCUGUAGUUCGUACACCGUCAAAAACGUUGGAACGACCUCUCGGCUUGGUAUUUUUACAAUAUCGAUCUGAAACGAAGAGAGCACUGUUACCCAACGAAAUUACGUCAAUUGACACAGUACGGGCACUGUUUGUUCGUUCAUUCCCGCGGCAACUAACCAUGGCUUACUUAGAAGGACCAAAUGUUAAAAUUUACAUUCAUGAUGCCAAUAAAGACAUGUUUUACGAAUUGGAAGAUGUGAGAUCACAUCUUAGGGAAAUUCGUGAUCGAUCCGUACUUCGUUUGUUUGAAUCGAACGAAGUAAAUGCUCCACAAGCUCUACCGGCUGGACCUGGAACAGUACCACAACCAUUGCCACAGACUGGAACACACUGGGAUCAAGAUCAGUUUGGAUAUUGUUCGGAACCGGAAUUUGAUACCGAAUACUCGCAUCAGCAUGUUCACAAAAACAAAGGCGUCAAAGGUGCUCCGUACUAUGUUGGUGCUGCACAGACAUUGCCUCGAGGGAUGUAUAGCGACCGUAACAAAAAUAUUAUUGGACCACCAGUCAAACCAUUACGAUCAUAUGGCUCUAGAGGAAGCAUGAACGCUCAAUACCCUUAUAGCCAGGAUCAGCUUUACAGUAUACCAGAUGGUUAUAUGAGCUCACCAGAGCGUGGAACGCGUGGCAGCUAUGAAGAACCGUAUUACAGUCAGUUUGGAACUCGUGGAAGUUCAGUGGCACCAAUUAUUGAUGAGGAAUUAAGUGAUGUAUCGUUAACAGAAAAUCAAUACGCUUUAUAUGGUCAUAAAUCGGGACGAAUUCCACGAAAUGCGACUCAGAUGUAUGAUCCAACACGGCCUGAAGAUUUGCAUCGGAUUCGAGUCGAGCACAUGGAACGUCAAUUAGCCAAUUUAACGGGUUUGGUGCAAAAAGCAUUAACUCAGAGCGUACCACCGACUGCAAAUGUUAAUCAAAAUUAUUUAGGUGUGCCUGGACAAUAUCGAGAAGACAUGGACAGACAUUCGAGUGGUAGCUCACCUUCGAUCCAAGUAGCGAAUGGUAUCAGUGAUGAUAUUUAUGUGCGGGAGAAACCACCAAAACUCGGCAAAUCGUCGUGUCAUAAAUCGGUGUCAUUCGAGAAGUCGGUAUCAUUUAGCGAUGACAUUCAAGGCCUACCCAAAUCACAUAGUCCGCAACAUCUAUCCGCCGAUUCGAAACCACCAAAACCGGCUAUCAAAUCGUCAACUUUGCCUAGAACAUCCUCUCAAGAACGUGAUCGCUUGAAACCGGCACCGCCGCCAAAGCCAAUGUUUGCCGGCACCGUUGCAACAACACAUGUCGCCUAUCGACCCGACUUAGCAUUGGCACCCGAAGUUUAUAAUCAUUUACGCGGACUACAAAAGAAGGCAAAAGAUUUACGUAUCGAAGUACGUACACUGCGUCGAUUGUCACAGGCACAGGCAAUUGCUGUGCGUGAGGACAUAAAAGAUGCAUUCAUGGGAAUUCGGGCUACAUUAAUUGCCAACAGUGGAAUAUUCAAUGGACAAAAUGACCACGAAAAAAUGCGCUUAACUAGAGAAGAGGACUUAUAUAAACAAGAAGUGAUGCGAUUAGAAAAUGAUCUGGGUGAUUUGGAAUCAUCGGUGGAAAUAUUACGCGGCGAAGUGAUCAAUCGACGGACUCGCGUCAAUAUGGCCGCUGUCGAGGAUAUGGCACUUAUACUUAGUAGAGCCAGUAAAACGGUUGCUGAACUAAAGAUGCGAUUCCCAAUGCUUCAAAAUGCACUGCGAAAUGUAUUGUCAACAGAAAUGGAGAAAGUGGUACGAGAAGAAAAAUUCCUUAAAGACGAACCCGAUCGCUUAGAAUCCGCAUUAAGACGAUGUAAAAAAUUGACUGGCACAUUGGUUACGCUUAAAAGAUUGGCUAGUGUUCAAGAGCAACGUUUGCCGGGUACAUGUCAAGAGCCUGGUGUCGACGAAAUACCACGUUCGGUCGAUCAUCAACCCACAAACAAGCCAAGCACAAUCCAACGGAUGGGGUCGGUCCCUCUCAGCGCAGGAAUCGCUCCAGAAAACGCACUCGAUGCCCUGCUAGACGAAUUGCAAACAUUUUCAAAGCCAUCGGUUGGAAUGAAUGAGUCGCGUCCUGACGAUUCAACUUCUACCGAUGACAGUUCUCAAAAUUUGGCACAACCAAUUAACAACACAGUGACAACACAAAUAUCACAAGCAACAAUUUAUUCAACCAACGAACUAGCACCGCCAAACAAUAAUACAUCAAGUUUACGUCGAUUACAUUCGUAUCCAAGCGGAUCUGACACCGAUACCAGUCCACCGCAGCAAAAACUACGUUCGGUUCCGGGUAAACCUCCGGUGCCCGAACGAAAUGCCGAACUAAUGUCAAAAGUCAUAAACAAACGGGCACCACCCCCGCCACCCCCACGAACAAGUAGUAGCCGCAGCCCAUUGGCCAGUCCAACUAGUCCAAGUGUUGCAUACAAUAUGCCAAUCGUUUGCGAAAAUGAUCAAAACAAUGGCAACGGCGAUGGUGGCAAUUCAAGUGGAAACGAAUCGUCGAAUUCACAAGAGCGACAAGCAGCCCUGGAAUAUCGCCAUCAAGAAUUGUUGAAAAAACAAAAGCAAUUACAAGAACAAUAUGCACGAUUACAGCAAAUAAAUAAAAGUGGUCCGAUACCAACAAAUGAUCCGUUGAAAAAGACUGGCAGCGAAUCGAAUUUGCCACAGAAAAUGGGCUUGAAUAUGGCUGUAAGCGGUUCAAUGAAGAACCUUAAUGUUGAUGUUACCAUUGUUGAGGCCGAGAAAAACGAUAGAAAUCAACAGCAACAGGCAGCUCAAACAACAACCAAGCAAGUUUAUGAAACCGACAUCCUAUAGCGCCAAACCAAACAAUGGAACGAAACUGAAAUCGACCAUUUUUAAAUCGCUUAAAUUCGUUUCAUUUUUGCUUUUUUCAAAAUAGUGAAACGCCAACAAUGGACGGAUCGAGCCGUCAAUAGAAUUUUUGACACAUUUUAAAAGAAAAAAAAAACAUUUAAACUUUUUCCCUCAUUUUUGUAUAAUCGUGAUAAUUUUUAUGGAGACACAAAAUCCAUAUUUUGAUGCAUGUUCUUGAAACUAAGUCACCAACAUUAGCAUAUAACAUAGGAGGAGAAAAAAACACCCUUGCCAAAAAUAAAAAAAAAACAAACCUGUGAACCAAUUAUGAGAACUUUUUUUUUUGAAAUUUACCUAUUUAAAAUUUAAAAAUCAAUUUAUAUCAUAUUAACUAGAACUACACAUCAUUACAAAUGAAUGUAACCACGUAGUGCCAAUUCAAUCAAUUUAACAAAAAAAGUAUUUAUUCAUGCAUGACAAUAUCAUGCGGAAACCGUGCAUUUGACAUUAUUCAACACAAUCCUAUUCACUAUAUGUACUGAAUGUAAUGAAUAACAUUUUCGGAAAGUAUUUUGCAUUAAUUCAAAAACUCAGCCAAUGUCGGCAAUCACAUUUUUGCACAUUCAUUUGACGUUUUUUUUAUCAUUGUAAACGCAUCGAAAUCGGAUUUUCAAGUUUCAUUGAUGCUCGUUUAAAUACAGCACGGUCACCAUAUUGAAGAAAAAAAUGUGCAAAAAAAUCAAUUGAAUUUAGUAAUCCCAAAGAUAUGGUGUAAUCAAAAAGAGAUAGUAAACUAUGAAUGGCAAAUAACUUGUUGUCAUAAAAUGAAAGGAAGUGCAUGCUUGCAUAAUACUAUCAGAAUGCUUUGAAAUCGAAAUUCAAGUGAGAACUAACACCACUUUUAGCCAAUUUUUAUUCACAAAGAGAAAUAAUCUUGAUAGAAAAUAAUAAUCAAUCAUAAUUCAAAUUCAAUAGAACGAAACUUAACCGAAUGUAAACAAUAGAGGGGAAUUUAGAACAAUUCAUAUGAUAUUUAUGAUGGAGAAAAUGGCGAGACAAAAAUAUAUAAUGAAAACUCAUUUCAUAGCUCAUAUUUGAAUAUGAUAUUGACAUUGCAAUGCUAUUUUAUUGUAGAGAUAUUAAUAAUUUAGUGUAGUUCAUGGUAAAAUCCUUAUCUUUAUACUACAAUACGAAAAAAACAAACCAACCGCAACCGCAUCAACAACAAUUUAAACCGAUGUCAUCUUUGGCUGCCGACUAUUUUGCCAAAUUUAUUAACGAAUAUUUUAAACUUUCUCAAAAGAACACCAUUAUCCGGUCGAAUCAUAAUUCAUAAAGUAUAUAAUAACAAACAGAACCACAUGUAAUGCACACGAUCACGAUUUAUCACUUACAGUUUUAAAUUUUAUUCAUCAUAUUCACCUUCAUUUAUUGAUAGAUCGGCCUGCUCAGAAAUCAAUAACCAUUUCAUACACCUUUUUACUACCAAAAUACUGACGAUAGCAAAAAAAAUCGUUCUCUUUGUGGAAAAUGUGCAAUAAAAUGUUUAUUCAUUUGAAUUUUGAGCAGUCUCUUAUGUGUCAUCCCAAAUGUUCGAAAAAAAAAACAUCGUUCUUGUUGUACCGUACUUCGUAACACAUUUAUGUAUAAUAUAUUCAAAGCACAGAAAUUUUUCACCCGAAAUAAAUUUGUCAUUCAUUGACCUCCAAAAGAUUUGCGCAUGUCUCGGUGCAUCAAGUCACAUUAUAUUGGUGAAUAUACGCCUAUCGUUUGAAUUUUAUUGGGUAUGUUAUUAAAUAUGUUGAAUUAUAAAAUAUAUUUUCACAGUGAUCAUUUUCGGUCGUCGACCAUUUAUUUCGGAAGCACGAUUAAUAUUGUAAUAAAUCAUUUACUUGAAUGAAAACUUGAUAAAUUCUCAAUACAUGAUUCUUUGAUAAAGUGUAAAAAUUCAUUUUAGUUGCUUUUGGCACCGAAUACAAAAAUCAUCACUAAUAUUUAUUUAUUUCAAAGUUAUCGAACCAAAAUAUCUUUAAAUUAUUUAAAAUCGACAUAUUUUAAGCCAUGACAAACUAACAUUAUGUAUUGAAAACGUUGAAGACAAACAAUUAUUUCUCAUUAUCAUGUUGCGUUUAUUACGAAUUGAAGUCUCAUGAAAUUAUUGCAAUAAGAUCACAUAAAAUUAUUGAUUGUAAUCUAUUAAUCGUUAGAAAUGGCAAGAAUAAAAGAAAAAGUAAAUUGUUCAGUCGCAAAUUUCAUUUUCAACAACUUAUCAUGGAAAAAUGAUGAAUUAACUGCCGAUAACGAAAUGGUUUAUCUGUUUCCUGUGUGUAGUCAAAUUCAAGUCAGUUCAAUUGAAUCAGAAAUGGAAAAUAAAGUAUGAAACCAUGACAAAUUACCAUAA